CAUUUUAGUGCGUCUCUCCAACCAUCCGGCAAGAUGGCGCCCUUGCUUUGUCUCCACUGAACAGGGUUGCUUCAAUAUUCUAUUCCCCCCCAAAAUAGAAACUACUGAGAUUAGAAGCCGUUGCAUCUUUGGGACGACCUGCCAAGAACUUCACGUUUCUCAGUCAUUCAAGAAAUGACGACAGAGAAUAGUAGGUAACAUGAGUAAGGCCUCUACUGAAUCUGCCGACCAUAUGAUGGAGGAAGAGGAGGUAUGUCCGCAACCUGGGAGCUCAACAGAAACUGUUAGGCCGUCCUCCUCUCGCACAAAGAGGAAGUCAGCUGUCACAUCCAAGCACACUGAAUGGAAGGAGUCUGACACCUCGGGUGAGAGUGGAGCGGAUGACGAUGAGUCCGACGUCCCUUCUGAUGAUGUGGUGGUGGUUCGGCGCCUUGACAAGAAAGAGGAAAAGAGUAAGGCCAUGAAGCUCCGGGUGGAUCCAUCGAGGAAGAAGACCGAUACGACCCUGCAGGAGAGGAUCGACUGCACAGCCUGUGGGCAGCAGGUCAACCAUUUCCAGCGUCACUCUGUGUUCCAGCACCCCAUGCUUCACGUCCUGCUGUGUAAGUCUUGCUAUAAGUAUUACACCAGUGAUGACAUCAACAAAGAUGAGGACGGCAUGGACGAGCAGUGCAGGUGGUGCGCUGAGGGAGGGAACUUGAUCUGCUGCGAUUACUGCCACAACGCCUUCUGCAAGAAGUGCAUUCUGCGUAACCUGGGUCGCAAGGAGCUGUCCAUGAUCACUGACGAAAACAACAAAUGGUACUGCUACAUCUGCAACCCCCAGCCCCUCACUGACCUCACCACCUACUGCUCCAACGUCAUGGCUAAGCUGGAGGACCUCUGGAGAACAGGGCGCAAGACAGAGAAGGAGGAGAAGGAACGGAGGAAGGACAAGAAGGAGUUGAAAGGUCACAAGAAGGUGACAGGCCACCACCAUGGAAAAGCUGUGGUGAACGGUAAAGAGUAUUCAGAUGGGUCCGGGACGCUGACCUUCUCCUACAAGGCCAUGAAGGUCCCCAAGGAGCUGGUCAAGAGAACUAAGAAGCUGAUUGAGACGACCACCGGCCUCAACAACACCUUCAUACAGUUCAUCCAGCAGGUUGAGGAUGAGCAGGGAGGUGGUGGAGGCGCCACCAGGCAGAGACACCUCAAGGCCUUCAGGUCUGUCCUGGCGGAUCUGAAGAAGGCCCAUGCAGCCUUGGAGGUGGAACUGGAGGCUCAGUUCAGUUCUUCCCAGGAUCAGAGCCAGCAGAACGGGGAGCCUGAACAGCACAGUGCCGUUUCUAAUAGUAGCAGUCACGUUCAGAUGGACAACAAGGUAGAGAGUGGGGACGGGCAGGAGGCAGAAAAGGACAAAAUGGCUAUCAAUGAAGGUGGGAAUGAGGAGGAUGGCAAGGACGGGAGGGUAGAGGAUGCAGAGAUGGAGGGAAGCCCCGCCCAAGCCUCUCAGGACCACUUGGACUCAGAGACUGAAGUCUUGGCCAAUGAUCGGACCAAGUUGAAUGCUGGGGGAAAGAAGGAGGAGAGAACGGAAGAAGAGGAGGAGGAGGAGGAGGAGGAGGGAGCAGAGAAGUGUGAUGGUGAUCAGGACAUUGUGUCCAUUGGACCAUCUGUCCCUGAUGAGUUGUUCCAGAUGGUUGAAAGUCUGGCGGACUCUACGGGGUUAACACCAGGUAACGAUGAUGUAGAACCUAAAGAGGCCAGCAAAUCUCAGAGCCCUGACGCCAUUUCUAACAGGAAGAUGCACAACACCCAAAAGUCUCCUCCCAAGGUGAAGAACCUGAUUGUCAAGUUGACCCCCGUUCCUGUGGUAACCAUACGAACCUCCAGGUCUAAGAGCAAGGAUGGAGGGAAGGAGAAAGAAAGAGAGAAAAACAAGUGUGUAGAGGAAACCAAGGAGGAGUAUGAAGGUGAAACUACAGGGUCGGGACAGGAGGAGAGCCCCCCUCACAGCCGACGCUCAACCCGGACCAAAACGACGCCACUCAGGAACAAGAAGAAUGCCUCCUCUCAAGAGAACAGUGACAGCGACUCAGAUGGCGAGGAAAAGGGCAAGCUGAAGAGAAAUACCAAAGGCUGUUCCAAGACUGAAAAGAAGGAGGAAGGGGGGAAAGAAAAGGAGAAGGAAGGAAGGAAAGAGAACAAAACCUCCUCCAAGACCUCAAACCCCUCUAAACAGGAUGUGGACUCUGAUUCCGAUGAGGUUCCCGAUGUUCUGCUUCAGACUGCAGAAGCAGAACACAGUUCGGACGAAGGCGACAUGCAGCAGGACUGCAAUGACGUGGCCUCCUCAAAGGCUUUGAACACAAACCCCUCUAAACAGGAAGUGGACUCUGAUUCCGAUGAGGUUCCGGAGGUUCUGCUCCAGAAUGUGGCAGCGGAACACAGCUCGGAUGAUGACAAGGUGCAGCAGGACAGCAAUAAUGGCAAACAGGAUAACAGGAGAGUCAGGAAGUGCCCGCUGAAACUCAACAAGACAGAUGAAGAGAGAGACGGAGGGACGAAAGACAAAGAGAAGACUGACAAGAAGCCGGCAGCCAAACGUAAACUGAAAGCAGACGACUCCGACAACACUGAGUCGGACUCGGACGAAGAUCGAAAGAAGAAGAAAAAUAGGUCAUCCACAGCUUCUUCCAAGAACACAUCCAAGAAAAAGAUGAAGCAGAAGGGCUUGGAGCACUCUUCUAACUCUGACUCUGACCUGGAGAAAGAGAUUAAGUCACUCAGCAGACUGAGGCCGGGGAAGAGGAGGAGCAGCCGUGCUAAAAAAGGAGAAAAGGAGGAGGAGGAUGACGAGGAGGAUGAGAAGAGCAAGGCUGGGGAACGGAAAAGGUCAUAUGAGCUGAAGCGCAAAACUAGAGUUAAACUAGCUUCCAAGCAGCAGGACUCAUCAUCUGAUGAUGAGGAGGAGGAGAGAGAUGAGGGAUCUGGAGAAGAGAGUGGAGACCAGCAGAAGAUUAAACCCAUAGUGGAGGAGACACUAGUUGCUGGAAGGGAUGCCUUCCUACAAUCCUCCGGAGAUGAAGGUAAUCAUGAGACCUCACAGAUGGCUGAAGAUGACGAUGAUGACGACCCAGAGAACAGAAUUGCCAAGAAGAUGCUUUUGGCCCAAAUCAAGGCCAAUUACUCCUCAGGAGCCGAGGAGAGCUCUGAUGAUGAUGGACAGGAGAGAGACCCAGAGAAAAAGGGAGAGGAGGAGGAUGAAGAGCCGGAGGAAGAGGAGGGUGAUGAUGAUGAUGAUGAUGAUGAUGAUGAUGGCGACUCUGCCUCUGACGUGGACGUGAAGAAGGGUGCUGGGCGCCGCCACCGGCUCCUCCGCCACAAACUGAAGCUGAGCGAGGGAGAGUCUGGAGACGAGAAGCCGGCCAAGGGAAAGAAGGAGACAAAGACAAAAAGGACCAGGCGGAAAGUUGGCACUGAUGACUCUGAGGAUUCAGACUUUGAGGAGUCAGCUGGCAGCAGCGAGUCUGGAGUGAGUGAGGUGAUCAGUGAGGAGUCAGAGGAGGGGGGCAGCCGCAGGAGGACAACUCGCUCCUCCAAGAGGAAAGACAAGAAGAAGGAGGAAAGGAGCUACGCCCAGAAAAAGAAACGGCGAAGGAUCAAGGUUCAGGACGAUUCCUCCGAGGAGAAGGAUGAUUCUGCGUCAGGGUCAGGAAAGGAAGAUGGAGACACUCCCAAAGGUCAGAGGAAGAAGAUCAGAAAAAUCCUGAAGGAUGACAAGCUGAGGACAGAAACGAGGGAUGCCCUGAAAGAGGAGGAGGAGAGGAGGAGGCGCAUCGCUGAGAGGGAGCAACUGAGGGAGAAACUCAGAGAGACUUUGUAUGUCCCUCCUCCGGAUCAGGUGCUUGUGGUGGAGGAGGAGUCAGCCGUUGCUUGCCCAAUCACAACCAAACUAGUGCUGGAUGAAGACGAGGAGACCAAGGAGCCCCUGGUGCAAGUCCACCGCAACCUGGUCACCAAACUGAAACCACAUCAGGUUGACGGUGUCCAGUUCAUGUGGGACUGCUGCUGUGAGUCUGUGAAGAAGACCAAGACCAGCUCUGGAUCCGGCUGUAUCCUGGCUCACUGCAUGGGUCUGGGCAAGACGCUCCAGGUGGUGACCUUGGUGCAUACCCUCCUGUUGUGUGAGAAGUUAGAGUUCUCCACUGCUCUCAUUGUUUGUCCCCUCAACACUGUUCUCAACUGGCUCAAUGAGUUUGAGAAGUGGCAGUUUGGCUUUAAGGACGAGGAGAGCCUGGAGGUGACUGAGCUGGCCACGGUGAAGCGCCCUCAGGAACGGGCGUACGCCCUGCAGCGAUGGCAGGAGGAUGGAGGCAUCAUGAUCAUCGGCUACGAGAUGUACCGCAACCUCACGCAGGGACGCAACAUCAAGAGCAAGAAGCUCAAAGAGACCUUCCAGAAGACGCUGGUCGAUCCUGGGCCAGACUUCGUGUUCUGUGACGAGGGCCACAUCCUGAAGAAUGAGUCGUCGGCUGUCUCCAAAGCCAUGAACUCUAUCCGGACCCGGCGAAGAGUGGUUCUCACUGGAACCCCACUGCAGAACAACCUGAUAGAGUACCACUGCAUGGUGAACUUCAUCAAGGAGAACCUUCUUGGUUCAGUCAAGGAGUUUAGAAACCGUUUCGUCAACCCCAUCCAGAACGGUCAGGCUGCUGACUCCACAGACCAGGAUGUACGUAUCAUGAAGAAGAGGGCUCACAUCCUCUACGAGAUGCUCAACGGAUGUGUUCAGAGAAGAGAUUAUUCUGCCCUGACCAAAUUCCUGCCUCCAAAACAUGAGUAUGUGAUAUCUGUCCGAGUCACUCCCAUCCAGUGUACCCUCUAUCGAUACUACCUGGAACACUUAACAGGUGCAGGGAGCGUGGUGGAGGGGGGUCGGGGAAGAGCUGGGACUAAACUCUUCCAGGACUUCCAGAUGCUCAGCAGAAUCUGGACCCAUCCCUGGUGCCUGCAGCUUGACUACAUCAGCAAGGAAAAUAAGGGGUACUUUGAUGAAGAUAGCAUGGAUGAGUUCAUCGCCUCAGAGACAGAAGAGUCUUCUAUGAGCAUGACUUCAGAGGAUGAGAAGCCGAAAAAGAAGAAGAAGCAAGGAAAGUCGAAGAAGAAGGGGAGUGAUGACAGUGACAGUGAUGCUCUGGAGGUGAUAAAAGAUUGGAACACCAGUUCUAGAGGGGGGGACCCUUCCAGCCGCAACCGGGCCGAGCCUGAAGAAGAAGUCCGCCCAGCGUCCAGCCCUGGCACCAGGAGCCCAGACUGGCACAAGGAGUUUGUGACUGAGGCCGACUCUGAGAUCCUGGAGCAUUCUGGGAAGAUGGUGCUGCUGUUUGAGAUUCUCCGCAUGGCCGAAGAGGUGGAAGACAAAGUUCUUGUAUUCAGCCAGUCUCUGAUCUCUCUGGACCUGAUUGAAGACUUCCUGGAGCUGGCUGGCCGGGCCAAAGAAGAAGAGAAACCCUCUCCUUAUAAAGGUGAGGGGAAGUGGUUCCGGAACAUUGACUACUACCGUCUGGAUGGUUCCACCAACGCUCAGCACAGGAAGAAGUGGGCUGAGGAGUUCAAUGACAGCAGCAACGUUCGUGGGCGACUGUUCCUGAUCUCCACUAAGGCUGGGUCUCUGGGUAUCAAUCUAAUAGGAGCGAACCGUGUCAUUAUCUUCGACGCUUCCUGGAACCCCUCAUAUGACAUCCAGAGCAUCUUCAGGGUCUAUCGCUUCGGACAGCUCAAGACUUGCUAUGUCUACCGAUUCCUAGCUCAGGGAACCAUGGAGGAGAAGAUCUACGACCGACAGGUGGCCAAACAGUCUCUGUCUUUCCGGGUGGUGGACCAGCAGCAGAUUGAAAGACACUUCACCAUGAAUGAACUGACAGAACUCUAUACCUUUGAGCCGGACCUGCUGGAUGACCCCACUGGCAAGAAGAGCAAGAGAUCUACGCCCGUGUUGCCCAAGGACCCUUUCCUUGCGGAGCUGCUCCACAGCAAUAAGGAGCAGAUUGUCGGUUACCAUGAACACGACUCACUGCUGGACCACAAGGAAGAAGAGGCACUCAGCGAGGAGGACCGCAAGGCAGCCUGGGCCGAGUAUGAGGCAGAGAAAAAGGGUCUGUCUCUGCGUGUGAACCAUGGCGCGUUUGGAGGGCAGAUGGACAUGAGCGGAGCUAACAGCUUCCACCCCUUCAACGUGGCGGCGCUGGCCUCUAUGACCAACCAACAGCUGGAGGAGCUGAUUAACCAGGGCCGUCAGAAGGUCAUGGAGGCCACCAACGCCCUGAAGUUCCUGCCCAGGGAGUCCCUAGAAGACACCAUUGGGAGAUUGUGGAAGGAGAAUCCUGCCCUGUCGGAGGCCCAGGUCCAGUCCAUGGCGCUGGGCAGACAGGCCAGUGUGGAGCUGGAGCUGAAACGCAGGGAGGCGGUCUACAGAGACGUACUGAACAAGCAGCAAACGCUGAUGAUGUACGUCCAGAAGGUCAUUGCCAAUCGAAAGGUCAGAGAGCAGCAGAUCGCCAUGGCCAACCAAGCCCAACUGAUGAGCCAGAUGAACGGCAUGCUGGGAGCUGGAGGACUCAGCCAGAUGGAACUGCUGGGGUUGUACCAACAGCUGGGAGCACUGCAGGGUCUACCCUCGCACCCCUCCAUGGGGGGCAAGAACCCCGGACCCUCCCAGGGAGGGGGUCACCUGUAAGGGGAAGGGCACCUAGGGGCCCCUUCCAAAUAGCACACUAUUCCUUAUGUAGUGGGCAGCGUUUAUGCUAGGUGCUCUGGUCAAUUUUAGUGUGCUACUUAGGGAAUAGGGUGGCGUUUGCGACGACCCAGGCGCUGCUCUGUCUCAGUGGGUUGGUCCUGAAUGCUGCUCUGCUUUGUAUGUAGUGCACUAGAUGGUCCUAGGGAGGAGGUGUCUACUACAUAGGGGGUAGGGUAUCAUUUGUGAGGUACCUGCUGUCUCCAGCCCUCCUUCGGUGGAGGUGAAACGACUGGUGUCUCUCAACCACUCAUCCCUGCGUCCAUGCACCUCGGUCCCGGAACAGGAGAGCAAGGGGCCUGGGAGGAAUGGGCCUGGGAGGAAGGGGCCUGGGAGGAAGGGGCCUGGGAGGAAGGGGCCUGGGAGGAAGAUAUAUUUAUAGGGACUACUUGUAUGAAGGGGUUUGGAGAAAUUUCUUUGGAAAUUCUGUAAAUACCGCCUUAAUGUUAUGUCUCUUCUAUCUUCAGUUUUCAUGUAUUUAAAAGAAAGAAAACAAAAAAAAAUACUGUUUUUGCCCCAAAUGCUUUUAAGCAUUGCGUCAUUUUUUCCCCUUAAAGGAGGGCUUGUUUAACUGAUAAUUUAAUUGAUUAUUCUGUACGUUGUGUUUUUAUACAGUUGAAAUGACUGCCUGUCUAUGGAAUGGGGCCUGAGUGGGACCAUAUUGACUCUAGGAUCUGAGGACCUAAAUGCUCUUCUCACACCCGUACACACUUACAUAUAAGGAGUGUUGUUCAACUCUUUUGGGAGAUUCUGACAAUGAACCAUGUCAAGAAAAAAAUUAAAUUAAGUAAAGGUAUGGCCCUGUUCCAUUCCCUUGGAUUCUGUGUGUAAAUGAGAUUUGAGAUAACAUGUAAAAUGUUGAAAUCCUUUUUUUCUAUCAGCUUGUAGACGUUAAUAUUUCCACUAGUUGUUGCUGCUCAUGGUUAUAAUAAUGGUUAUAUGGAAUGUUCUAGUGUUGCUUAAAACAAACUGCCUGCCCCGCCUUCGCCCCACCCCCAACCCGCCUUCACCCCACCCCCAACCCGCCUUCAC